AUGGGCCCCUGUACCGCCUCCUCAUGCUGCUGCCAGGCCCGUAAUCUGCCAUGGGCCCCUGUACCGCCUCCUCAUGCUGCUGCCAGGCCCGUAAUCUGUCAUGGGCCCCUGUACCGCCUCCUCAUGCUGCUGCCAGGUCCAGAGUGUCUCAUGGGUCCCUGUACGGCCUCCCAUUGCUGCUGUCUCCAUCGCCACACUCUGCCAUGUGCCACUUUCAGGUCUCCUCACACUGCUGGUGGGUUCCAUUUUGUCAUAGGGUGCUGUAUGGCCUCCCAUUGCUGCUGCCUCCACCGCCACACUGUGGCUCCACACUCUGGUUUUGGCCCCGUGACUGCCCAAAUGAGUGAAGUGUGCGGUGAUUCUAAGAUCGACGGCACUCAUCUGCAUGUCAUACUGACUGACAGUAUUACUUCUCUUCCCCAGCAGACUCCAAGGGCAUUUAAAUUAAAGGUACAGUGUUCUGCACUAAUAUAA